AAUUAUAGUGCCAGCCUCAGGGAACACAACUUCACAUAUAUUCACGCCAAGUACUCGCUCCUCCUCCCUCCUUCACUCACUCACCCCCAAAACAACCCCACAACACAAGAAAUGCUUUCUCCCUUUCCCCUAUUCUUCUUCCUCCUCCUCUGUUUCCCUUUCACCUUCUCUCUCAACCAAGAGGGUCUGUACUUGCAGCGCGUCAAGCUCGGACUCUCCGACCCAGACUCUGCUCUCUCCUCUUGGAACGAACGUGAUGACACGCCCUGUAACUGGUACGGCGUCAAAUGCGACCACGCUACUCGCUCUGUUUACUCGCUUGACCUCUCCAACACCGACAUUGCUGGCCCUUUUCCUUAUCUCCUCUGUCGUCUUCAGAAUCUCUCUUUUCUUUCCCUUUACAACAAUAACAUUAACUCAUCUCUUUCUUCUGAUAUCUCCGCAUGCCAGAGCCUCGAACACCUUGACCUCGCUCAGAAUUUGCUCACCGGUACGCUUCCUCAUGCCUUAGCUGACCUUCCUAACCUCAAGUUCCUCGACCUGACUGGUAAUAAUUUUUCCGGCGAUAUUCCGGCGAGUUUCGGCGGGUUUCAGAAACUUGAGGUUAUCUCUCUGGUUUAUAAUCUCCUUGACGGUACAAUACCUGCGUUUCUGGGGAAUGUAAGUAGUCUUAAGAUGCUUAAUUUGUCUUACAACCCGUUUAGUCCGGGUCGGAUCCCGCCGGAGCUGGGUAACUUGACGAAGUUGGAGAUUCUGUGGUUAACUGAGUGUAAUCUCGUCGGCGAGAUCCCCGACUCGCUGGGUCGACUCAAACGGUUGAAGGAUUUGGACCUGGCUUUGAACAACUUGGUGGGUCCCAUUCCGAGUUCGCUCACUGAGUUGACGAGUGUCGUUCAGAUUGAGCUGUAUAACAACUCGCUCGCCGGUGAAUUGCCGUCCGGGUUCGGUAAUUUGACGGCAUUGAGGCUGCUCGACGCGUCCAUGAACCAGCUGAGCGGGAGGAUCACUGACGAAUUGUGCAAGCUUCCUUUGGAAAGUCUCAAUCUGUAUGAUAACAGGUUUGAAGGUGAAUUGCCUGCCAGCAUUGCUGACUCGCCGGGUUUGUACGAACUAAGGCUUUUCGGAAACCAACUUAGUGGCGAGUUACCCAAAAAUCUCGGGAAAAACUCGCCGUUGCGAUGGCUUGAUUUGUCCAACAACCGGUUUACUGGCGAGAUACCGGAGAGCUUAUGCGAAAAAGGACGGCUCGAGGAGUUGCUGAUGAUAUACAACCGGUUUUCAGGUCAAAUACCAGAGAGUCUAAGCAAGUGUUCGAGCUUGACCCGGGUUCGGUUGGGCUACAACCAGUUAUCUGGUGAAGUACCUUCUGGGUUCUGGGGUUUGCCUCAUGUUUACUUACUGGAGCUCGUUAAUAACUCACUUUCUGGGCAAAUCGCCAAGACGAUAGCUGCUGCGUCAAAUCUUUCGGUGUUGAUUAUAUCAGAGAAUGACUUCAGUGGGUCACUGCCGGAGGAGAUUGGGUUCUUAGAUAACCUGGUGCAGAUUUCGGCUGGUGAUAACCGGCUCAGUGGGAUAUUGCCGAGUAGUAUAGUGAAAUUAGACGAGCUGGGCACUCUUGAUCUUCACGGUAAUAAAUUUUCCGGCGAGUUACCUGCCGGGAUUGGAUCUUGGAAGAACCUAAAUGAGCUUAAUUUGGCGGAUAACGAGUUUUCAGGCAAGAUUCCUGAGGAAAUUGGAAGCCUGUCCGUCUUGAAUUAUCUCAAUUUAUCAGGAAACCGAUUUUCGGGUAAAAUCCCGUUUUCCUUGCAGAAUCUGAAGCUCAACCAGUUGAAUUUGUCGAGUAAUCGAUUAUCAGGUGAGCUGCCACCCAUAUUCGCCAAAGAAAUUUACCGGAAGAGCUUUCUCGGUAAUCCUGGUUUGUGUGGGGAUCUUGAGGGUCUUUGUGACAGCCGAAAUGCAGUCAAGAAUCAGGGUUACGCAUGGCUACUUCGGUCCAUUUUUGUACUUGCUGCUGUCGUUUUCGUCGUUGGUGUUGUUUGGUUCUAUUUGAAGUAUAGGAGUUUUGAAAAAGCAAGAGCCGUAGACAAGUCGAAAUGGACUUUGAUGUCGUUUCACAAACUUGGUUUUAGUGAAUAUGAAAUUUUAAAUAGUUUAGAUGAAGACAAUGUGGUAGGAACUGGAUCUUCUGGCAAGGUUUACAAGGUGGUCCUGGGUAAUGGAGAAGCUGUUGCAGUAAAGAAGUUAUGGAGCGGAGGAAAGAAGAAUUCUGAGGGCAGUGACAUAGAGAAAGGUCAAGUUCAGGUUCAAGAUGAUGGGUUUGAAGCUGAGGUUGAGACUCUUGGGAAGAUUAGGCACAAGAAUAUAGUUAAGUUAUGGUGUUGCUGUACUACCAGAGAUUGCAAGCUUUUGGUUUAUGAGUACAUGCCUAAUGGAAGCUUAGGUGAUUUGCUGCAUAGUAGUAAAGGUGGACUAUUGGAUUGGCCAACAAGGUACAAAAUAAUCAUGGAUGCAGCCGAGGGACUCUCUUAUUUACACCAUGAUUGUGUUCCUCCCAUUAAACCCAUUUAUUGUGUGCUUGUUUCAGAGUACGCAUACACUCUACGAGUGAAUGAGAAGAGUGACAUAUACAGCUUUGGUGUGGUCAUUCUGGAGCUAGUCACAGGUAGACAUCCUGUUGAUCCGGAGUUCGGAGAGAAGGAUUUGGUCAAGUGGGUGUGCACUAAUUUGGAUCAGAAAGGCGUAGAUAACGUAAUUGAUCCUAAACUAGAAUCUUGUUUCAAGGAAGAUAUAUGUAAGGUCCUCAACAUUGGCCUACUCUGCACAAGUCCUCUCCCGAUCAAUCGUCCAUCGAUGAGAAGAGUGGUGAAGAUGUUGCAAGAAGCAGGACGAGGAGAGAACCAGGGCAAGACAGCCAAGAAAGAUGGCAAACUGACCCCUUAUUACUACGAAGAAGCUUCUGAUCAGGGAAGUGUAGCUUGAUAAAUGUUGUAUUUGGCUUUCUGCAUUAAAAAAACAAGAAAAGAAAAAGUAAGAAAAGCAUAUGAUGUGGGAGAAGAGAUUGAUAGUCUCCUAGUUUUCUUUCUUUGUUCAGCAAAAAUUGAAUUCCAAUUAUUAUCCCCACUUGGUGUUUUUGCUUUACAGGCUGGUAGAGAGAAGAGAGAGUUGGAGGUGAAUUUUACCCAAAAAAGAAAAAAAAGAGAGAAAGAAAGGGAGUUGCUUAAGGAGCUGAUGUACACUGCAAAGUUUUUAAGCAUGAAGGUCUUUUUUAUUCUGCACAUUUCCGAGUGCAUCAUUACGCCAUACUACACUAUGAAAAGAUAUUGUUAGAGAAUGAAAUUAUUUACAUAUGAAUAUUUAUGGGUAUCUACAUAUAUUAGACAAUAGACUUCUCUUUCUAACAUUAUAUAAUUAUAUAUAUAAACAGAAAAUUCAAUUGAGUAAAAAAAGAAAAAGAAAGAGGAAGGAGGUUUAAAAAGGUGGGAGUU